CCUUGCGAGAUUGAAGUAUUUACAUCCACUUCCGGUGUCCUCUCGGUCAAAAUGGCGUCUUUCAAGUUCAUGCAGUUGACCCGGUCCUUCAGUGUCUCAGCAGCAAGCCUAUCCAAACUUGUCACACCCCCAAUCCAGGUGUAUGGAGUGGAAGGUAGAUAUGCCCAUGCUCUGUACUCUGCAGCCACCAAGGACAAGAAACUGGAUGCUGUAGAAAAGGAGCUUAAUUCAUUUAAUCAAUUACUGCAAAAAGACAAGAAGUUGGCUGACUUCAUCGCCAACCCCUCACUAAAGAGGGUAGAGAAGAAAGUUGUACUGGAGGGUGUCCUCAAGAAACAGAAUGUCUCGCCUCUUACUUUGAAUCUUUUCGGUGCCCUGGCUGAGAAUGGUCGUAUCAACAAGGUUGGUGGAGUUAUUUCUGCAUUUGGCAAGAUCAUGAGUGCUCACAGAGAGGUUGUCUGCAAGGUCACAACAGCCAAGGCACUAGAUAAUGCCAGUUUAAAGGAACUGAAAGAUGCUCUUCAAGGGUUCCUGACCAAAGGGGAGACAAUUCAGCUAGAGGUUGUGGUCGACCCCUCCAUCAUUGGUGGUAUGGUAGUAAACAUUGGAGACAAGUAUGUUGAUAUGUCAAUGGCAACCAAGAUCAAGACAUACACAAAUCUAAUCAAGGAGGCUGUAUAAGCUCCCAUGAUUCUAGAGUGACUGUUCUGUUUGUGUAUAGUUUGUAUCAAUAUUGCUCUGGACAGGUAACAUUAGCUUGGUACGGUACUGUAAAAAGUUCAACAAGAAAUUAAACAUUCAUCACACAAA